AUGGCUCAAUUCACCGGCGUUCUCCUGAUUCUCCUAUCCGCCUUCGCGUCUCUUAUAGAGGCACAAGCGCAAGGAAAACCGUCGCCGUCGCCUAAACCCCCACCUGCUUGUUCCAUCAAGGAUAUCCGUCAGAUGGACGUGUCAAAGUGUGCCUGCCAGCCUCAACAUAAAGACACGUGUCAUAAGAGUGGAUGUACAGCCUGCUUUGGCGCCGCCGAUAUCCAAUAUCGGUUCACCAAGAGCCCCCAUUGCGCCGUCGGAUGUACCGAUGCUGACAAGGAAUGUACGGGAUGUGGCUUAUGGUUUUCCACGCUUUGCACCUGUCUCAGAUACGACGACUGUAAAAAGACGGUGACAUCGUAUUCGAACCCACCUGCAAACCAGGCGAUAUUCGUUUUGACGAACAGUGACGAGCGACUCGUGACUACCACGGACUUGCUCCCGGGAAUCCUGGAGAUGGCCAACAAUCCUUCCCGAUACGAGGUGGGCUGGAAGUUUGCUCAGGGAAAUUACGAUCGUAAAACCCAUGCACUGGCGUUGAACUCUGUUCGGUCAAGAACGCACGAGCAGGUUCAUAUUCAUGUUUGCGAGAAGCCAGACGUAACCUCGAAAGAGCCCAGAAUCUUGGAAAUCCUCGACAAUAUCCCCAAGAAGGACCAUAAUUACAGCAAGCACUUCAAGCAAGUUGCGAAUCACGAUGAUCUCUACUGUAGGACGAUCGAAGCAGGCUACCCUGGGGGUGAUGUGUUCUACGACGUUCUAGAGGGUAUAAAAGAAGUUUUGGACAAUAAGGCGUUGAAUGUGGAUGGCAAGAUCUGCCACGAUUUUGCCGGAGCAGGCAUCAUCCGAGAUAGCCAUUACAAUAUGUGGGCUUGUGUUACUGGUAACCAUAAGGGCCCGUUGGACCUCUUCUGCAAGCCAUCAAAGUAA